AAGCCGGGACGGGAGCACCUCGAGGUUUGCUGGAAAAUGAUUGAUUGUGGGUGGUGCUUAUUGGCUACAGUUUACCUUAUUUUAAAGCCUCCGGCAGGACUUCUGAACCCUGCCUUAGGGGAUUUUUCUGUCCCAAAGAGACUGACCGCAGCUGAGUUCUUAAUGCCCAGAUUUGUGUGUGCCAGGGCGUUUUUAAUGCUGGACGUCAGAGGUGAUAAAUGGCCAUGGUAAUGAGGAGCCCCUGAAGCACCUGCCGGGCUGUCAGUGGUGGAGGCUGUGUCUGAGGGGUGGGACUUGAGAGAUGAAGCAGAGAUCCUUUUUGGAUAUUGUGCUGAAGUUAUCAUGUUUCUGCAACUAUACCAGUUCUAGAACAAGUUGGAUACUUCCAAUUUUAGGGCUUUGUGACAGAAGAGGUUUGAGUGCCAAGAGACCUGAGGUAACUUGGUUUGGCUAAGAGCGUUUGGGGUAGCCUGAGCGUGUGUUUUCCCUUGGCAUGUUCAUUUUCUUUGCUGUCACAAACGCCCGAGCAUAUGAACGAUUCCAAGAUAGGAAAGGAGCGAUUCCAAGAUAACACAGGACUGAGAUGUUUUCGAAUAAACAGAUGUGUAGCUAGGAAGAGGAAAAUCUUUUUUUUUACCUGCAUGGUUGGUAGGUUGAGACAACUUGCUUUUUGGUCAGACCAUACUAGUACUUCAUUUUGCAUAACAUCAUAAAUAUUAAGAAUUGAGUGGUGAGGACCACCGUAGAUGCUGUUUCUAAGGUUCAUAUCAUUUAAAUUUUAAUUUGUCACAGUUGAAAGCAUUACUACAUAAAGUAAUGCUAGGGUGAAUCUGUGAAUCACUGAACGUGUCUUGGAUUGUGAUAUUUGGAGUUUAUUUAAAAUGUAAUACAAAUAUUUGUUUGGAUUUGGCUUUACCUUGGAUAUAAUCCUGAGUCAUGCUUCAGAGGAGUGCCUUCUGUGAUGAAGAGUUCUGACGUCUGGUGGUCCCUUGUGAAAGCCACAUGCUCCCUGUGAUCUUCCCUUGUGGCGCUCCAAGAAAAGGAGGACGGGAUGAGGGAGACUGGAAGCAAAUUAAGUGACCUCCUCUUCCAUCUUGCCCUGUCUCCAUGCCCAUGCUCUGAAUUACUUGUGUCCACACUCUCAAGUUUCUCAAUUAACCAUGGAAGUUAUAUGUAUGCUACUGCCACUAGUAUUUUCACACUUGCCAGGUUACCCAUAAAUUUUCGAUUCAUGAUCUCACUUAUUUUUUCUCCAAGAAGCAGCUGGGCAACACAGUGAUUUACUCUGGGUCUUAUAAUUAGUAAUGAAAUCAAGUUGGCUUAAGGAUCCUCACCCGUGACCAUUUCUCUCUCUCCUGCUCUGGCCUGCCUGUGGCCUCAGACCCCAAGCCCCCAUCUGUCACCCUGUAGGCCAGUUGUUGCCCUUGUGUUGUGCUUAAGUGGUACUAUUACUUUUGGGAAUGUGGUAUUAACUCUGUUUUAUCUUACAGAAAUUUAGGUAAGAGGAAUAGUAUGGUUUUGUGACUAUUUGUGGUAGCUCUUCAGUAUGAAAAGUCACUUUUCAAACCUAGAGCACCUUUUUUGUAGACCACAUGGAGAGAGCAGAGAGAAAAAAGGAUUAGUUUUUGGAUGAAACGAUCUUUAUUUGUGUAGUGGUUAUGGUCAGGCAUAACCUAACAUCAUCAUCACAUUCUCCUUCUGUGCCUGGCUACUUAAACCAGCCUGUAUGUGAGCGUUAACCCAAAAGACUCCUUUAGAUGUUGCUGAACUAGUUACUAUAAAAAGUAUUUCACUUUCAAAAACUCCCACAUUUCAAGAACAGAGAAAUUCAGCACAAAGGUAAUUUUGAAGGCAUCCCUUCCUAAGCACCAGCCUAGUGACUCCCAUGAUAGAUUGUUUCCCUGGAACCUGGGCUCCCCGAGACCAGCACUGGAGCAGAUGGAUAAUGGAGACUGGGGCUAUAUGAUGACUGACCCAGUCACGUUAAAUGUAGGUGGACACUUGUACACGACGUCUCUCACCACAUUGACGCGUUACCCAGAUUCCAUGCUUGGAGCCAUGUUUGGGGGGGACUUCCCCACAGCUCGAGACCCUCAAGGCAAUUACUUCAUUGAUCGAGAUGGACCUCUUUUCCGAUAUGUCCUCAACUUCUUAAGAACUUCAGAGCUGACCUUACCCCUGGAUUUUAAGGAAUUUGAUCUGCUUCGGAAAGAAGCAGACUUUUAUCAGAUUGAGCCCUUGAUUCAGUGUCUCAAUGACCCCAAGCCUUUGUAUCCCGUGGAUACUUUUGAAGAAGUCGUGGAGUUAUCUAGUACCCGGAAGCUUUCUAAGUACUCCAAUCCGGUAGCUGUCAUCAUAACCCAGUUAACCAUCACCACCAAGGUCCAUUCCUUACUAGAAGGCAUAUCAAACUAUUUUACCAAGUGGAAUAAGCACAUGAUGGACACCAGAGAUUGCCAGGUGUCCUUUACUUUUGGACCCUGUGAUUAUCACCAGGAAGUCUCUCUCCGAGUCCACCUGAUGGAGUACAUUACAAAACAGGGUUUCACGAUCCGCAACACACGAGUGCAUCACAUGAGCGAGCGGGCCAAUGAGAACACGGUGGAGCACAACUGGACUUUCUGCAGGCUGGCCCGGAAGACGGAUGACUGACCUCCAGCCCGGGGAGGGUCCUGGGAGUGCAUUUGCCGGGAGAUCCAGGAGGCUGGCCUUUUUUUUUUUUUUUUUUUAAAUCACAGUGUGAGAUUUUUUUUUUUUAAUAUUUGUAUUUAUUUGAAGGCAUUGGGGACCAGAAGGAAGUUUUGUGCUUUAGCAGACUCCUCUAUGUUUUGUUCCCUUCACCCCAAGUGUGCAUGUGCCUGUUCCGAGCCUCCAGAUACCUUUUUUUUUUUUUUUUAAUACAAAGAAGUCUGAAAAUCAUUAUGGUCUAUAAUGUACCCUUAACAAAGCUUUCUUUUUUUUUUUGCAGUGCUAAAAUGAUUUCUGAUUGAAUAGUCCCUAAAUCAACUAGAAGGCUAAAAAUGCAGGAGUAAAAGAAUAAACAGUACUCAUGAUGCCUUGGGGAAAAAUCAGAACAUCAUGUAGGGUGACCUAGUUUUCAGACCAAUAAGCAGUAUUGUAAUAUUAAAGGAAAACUAUUCCAAUCAUGUAAAAGUACUUGUUAAGUACUGCUUUUUACAGUUAUGACAACUGUUUCUUUCUAUGCAUAUAAAUCAAGCAACCAAAUAUCUGUAGCCAUGGAGAUGUCUGACUAGAAAUAUUUAUAUUGGAUUCUGAAUACAAAACGUCCCUGUGGUAGAAAUCUUAACUUCUUAUGCCUGGUGCAGUAUAAUUGUCAAGUGGUACUGUCUACCAGAAAAAAAAAACACACACACAAUAAAAAUUGAAAUAUGGAAA